CUUUCGUUUUCUUUCUUAUUCAAUGUCCUUUUUUAAGAGAGUCUUCUUAUUGCUUGCGGCUAUCAAUGUGGCUUUCCUUGGCUUUGAUUACUAUCAAGGUGGUCAAAUCGCUUUUGACCUUGUAGAGAAUGCUAAACAAUUCAAUACGGACAAGGCCCGUCAUUAUGUCACUCAACUUAAAUCCACCAAACCUGAAGAUGUGGCUCAACACAUCAACAACGCGUUUUCUCAGCUUAAAGAUAUUAACUCGGUCGAUGAUGUCCUCCGCUUGAUUCGUCAAAAGACAGCUCCUUCUGUUGCACCCAGUGUUGAAUACGAUGGCAAUGUGGUUGUCUUGACAGACAGCAACUUCAAGUCUGUCAUUGAUGGUUCGAGACCUGCCCUUGUUGAAUUCUAUGCUCCUUGGUGUGGUCAUUGUAAGAACUUGGCUCCUACGUAUGCUCAAUUGGGUGAUGCCUUUGCUUCUCAAAAGGACAAGGUCAUUAUUGCUAAAAUCGAUGCUGACAAACACCGCGAUACAGGUGCCUGGUUUGGCGUUCAAGGUUUCCCUACCUUGAAAUGGAUUCCUCAAGGUGUUUCUGGUCCUGAAGGUGCUGAGCAAUACAAGGGUGGUCGUGACUUGAACUCGUUGGCUUCCUUUAUCAAGGAAAAGACAGGCAUUGCUCCUCGUAUCAAGACAGCUAAAUCAGAUGUGGUUGAAUUGACUUCCAAGAACUUCCAUGAAAUUGCCCUUAGCCCCAAGAAGAACGUCCUCGUUGAAUUCUAUGCCUCUUGGUGUGGUCACUGCAAAAACCUUGCUCCUAUUUGGGAAAAGGUGGCUUCUGCUUAUGCAAACGAAGCUAACUGUGUGGUUGCCAAGAUUGACGCUGAUCAAGAAAAAGACAUUGGUACUGAAUUUGAUAUUUCUGGUUUCCCUACCAUCAAGUUCUUCCCUGCUGGUGCCACGGAGCCUAUUCCUUAUGAAGGUGCUCGUUCAGAAGCUGCCUUUAUUGAGUUCCUUAACGAACACUGUGGUACACAACGCGUUGUGGGUGGUGGCUUAAAGCCCAUCGCUGGUCGUAUUCGUGAAUUAGAUGAUUACGCUCUUCGUUUCAUCAAGGAUGCUAGUACUCGCCAAAAGGUACAUGAAGAAGCUACUGAAGCUGCCAAGAAAAUCGGUUCUCGUUAUGCCAACUACUAUGCCAAAGUCAUGGAAAAAGUUUUGGCUCACGGUGAAGAUUUCUUGCAAACAGAAAGAGCUCGUCUUGCCAAGAUUGCUAGUUCGGAUGAUGUUUCUUCUGCUAAAUUAGAUGAUUUCAAUAUUCGUAAGAAUAUCUUGGGAGCUUUUGAUAAAGCAGCUACUUCUGUUGAAAACUAAAAAUCUAUAUAUGUAUAUAAAAAAAACACUUUAUUCUUUUUUAUAAA